AUGUGGAGUCGAGGUCUCCUGCAGCAGGCUGUCCGCCACGCGUCCACCAUCAGACAGGCUGGCGUCCUCUUUGACGUUGAUGGUGUCCUCCUCCGCGGUGGGACGGUGAUCCCAGCGGCCCAGCGAGCUCUCCGGAAACUUGUGGACAGAAACAAUAAGUUCAUGUUUCCUGUUGUUUUCGUCACCAACGCAGGAAGCUGCACGAGACACCACAAGGCACAGCAGCUGUCCAACAAGCUGGACAUGCAGAUUAGACCUGAGCAGGUGGUUCUGUCACACAGUCCUCUGCACAUGAUGGAGAGUUUCCACAAUAAGUGUGUACUGGUGUCGGGGCAGGGACCAAUGACCCAGAUUGCCCACACCCUGGGCUUCCAGAAUGUAAUAACCAUUGAGCAGCUUUCAGAACAGCACCCUCUGCUGGACAUGGUAGACCACAGCAGGAGACCUACACACACACCCUGUUCUUCACAGACCCUUCCUCAGAUACAAGCGAUCAUCCUGUUUGGGGAGCCAGUCAGAUGGGAGACCAACCUGCAGCUGAUCAUCGAUGUGCUUCUAACCAAUGGUAGACCAGGUUGUGCGUAUGACACUCAGCUGUCAGCUCAAAUGCCUGUUCUUGCCUGUAACAUGGACCUGUUGUGGAUGGCUGACGCUCCAUCACCACGGUUUGGUCAUGGGAUGUUUCUCGUUUGUCUGGAGUCUGUCUACAAGAAGCUGACGGGUCGAGAGCUGGAGUACGAGGCGGUGCUGGGAAAACCCAGUCUGAUCACAUACCAGUAUGCUGAGCAGCUGCUGCGUCAGCAGAACCAAAACCACAAGCUGUCCACCAUCUACGCUGUUGGAGACAACCUUAUGACGGACAUCUACGGUGCCAACCUUUAUAAUCGCUACCUGGCAAAGCAUCACACUGAAACAACACGUGGCACCAAAUUGGUGGCCCAGGGAACCCAAGCGAUCAUGACUGAAGAAGAACCGCCACUUACAGCUCAGUGUCGCUCCAUCUUGGUGUGCACAGGUGUGUAUAACCCUCACUCGCCACUACCUGGUGACCAGAACAUCUCAGAGAUGGUAUUCCAUGGGCAGAAACACCUAAAACUAGAGUCGGCUCUAGUGGAACCAAAUCAUGUUGUGGAAGACGUGGAGGCUGCCGUGGACCUGAUGCUGCAGCAGGAGAGUUCCAAUACCUGA